GCUCAAAUGCUUGUAAACAAAUUAUAAAGUUCUUUAAUCGUUUCCUUUUCUAGAAAACUUCUUCUUAUUCUUCUUUUUUUCCACAUAGAUCUUCUUGAUCUACAAUGGAUUCUGUUUCUCUUUCUGAGGUUACUGCCAUUAGAAGAACACAUUUGGGUUUUAUGCACAGUUUCAGACAACCAUUUUCUGGUGUUCCAAUACCUCCAAAGUUCUGUUCCUCCAAAGUUGAUGGACCAAAGGCAACAUUGUCAAGCAAUACAAAGAGCCAAUCUGUUUAUGGACUAAACAUAGCUGAAACUUCAGAUUCAGGUUACAAGAUGAAUGGAGUAAACCUAAAAAGCAGAACACUGAACAGUUCUGUUAAAGAAAGAUUAUUACUUGAUGCUUAUGAUGAUCAGUAUAAUGGAGUAAUAGUUGAUCAUGGAAAAUUACCAUCAAACCCUUACGCUUUCGCCUCUAUGCUUCGAGCUUCUCUAUCCGAUUGGAGAAGAAAGGGAAAGAAAGGAGUUUGGUUAAAGUUACCUGUGGAACAAUCAGAAUUAGUCCCAAUAGCUAUAAAGGAAGGUUUUGAGUAUCAUCAUGCAGAGAAAGGAUAUGUGAUGUUAACAUAUUGGAUACCGGAGGAGGAACCUAGUAUGCUUCCUGCAAAUGCUUCACAUCAAGUUGGUGUUGGAGGUUUCGUAUUAAACCAACAUAAAGAGGUGCUUGUGGUACAAGAAAAGUAUUGUGCUCCAUCGAUUACAGGUCUAUGGAAGUUACCAACAGGGUUUAUUAAUGAAUCUGAAGAGAUUUUCUCUGGGGCUGUUAGAGAAGUCAAGGAGGAAACUGGGGUAGAUACAGAGUUCUCGGAGGUAAUAGCUUUCAGACAUGCUCACAACGUUGCAUUUGAGAAAUCUGAUCUGUUCUUCAUAUGUAUGUUGAGACCACUCUCUGAUAAGAUAAUCAUCGAUAGUUUUGAGAUCAAAGCCGCAAAGUGGAUGCCUUUGGAGGAAUUUGUGGAGCAACCGAUGAUAAGAGAAGACAAAAUGUUUAAGAGAGUGAUUGAAAUCUGCGAGGCGAGACUAAGGCAUCGGUACUGCGGUCUUUCUCCUCAUAGACUUGUCUCUACUUUUGAUGGCAAACCUUCUUCUCUCUAUUACAACGUUGUUGAUGAUGAUCAUGAUCCUUCCCACUCCAAUUAGGAGUAUUUACACAACCUGGAGAAAAAUCUUGAGGCUUUGGAGAUGAAGGUGGAAGCCCUAAAAGCAAUGAGAAAUGAGUUGUUGAAAAGGUUGUCCAAAGAAGAGGACAUAAUGCUACCUAAAGUCAAAAAUUGGAUUUCAAUUGCACAAGAAAUUGAAUCCAAGGCCAGUGGUCUCCUUCACAAGAGUAUCUCAGAACGAUAUAAGUUAUCCAAGUAUGAUGAUCUUUCCAAGGUUUCUGAAUCGACCCAUCAUUACAGCGAAGAUGUGCGCCUCACGUUGGAAGCAGUUGAAACUCACAACUCUAUGGGAGUUUUUAAAGUAUUGGUUGAUAGCACUCAUCAGCUUCAUGUAUGUGAAACUUAAAACUAAGACAGUCCAAAGCUUUUUACUUGUUUUAUGAUCAACAUUAUUUCUCAAGUUCUAAGCUAUUAAUGUAUUAAAUCAAAGCCGGAUCA